AUGGGAAGCCCACUAGGUGUUCUCUUCGCAAACCUCUUCAUGGGAACAAUUGGAACCAACACAUUGCAAGGCAACCGCCCCUUAAUCUACUGCCGCUACAUUGAUGACAUAUUCGUCCGGAUCAAGAACACAGAAGAGCUCCAGAACCUGAAAGAAAGGCUCACCGGAGCCUCUAGCCUUCAGUUCACAUAUGAAGAAUCGAAGGGAACCCGUUUACCAUUUCUGGACGUGCUGGUGGGCGUGCAACUCAGGCGUGAAGACAAUGCCUCGACGGAGACAGCAAAUGCCCACAACGCUACCUACAGUCUCCUAUCAUCGCAUAUGUCCAAUGUGCCCUCACCCACUGCUCCUCCUGGGACUCAACACACAGGGAAUUGCAACGCCUCUCACAAGUCCUCAUUAACAACUGUUAAAAGAAGUGGACGAAGUCAUCAAGAAUUCCACCAACAAAUGGCACUCCAGCGCCGAAUAUCCACCCAGAGAAGAUAA